CUAGCUGCGUUGCCUGUGCUGUCUUCAUGCUGACUUGUUGCUUAGAAUUUUUACAUCUUUCUCAGCUUGAACAAUUUUAGAGUCCAGUCCAGUGUGAGAUCUUUUCCGGAGCGCACCGUGAGGAAACUGGAUCUAGCCACCAAAAUUAAACGUUGCGUGUGAUGUCUACAUGCUGACUUGUUGGUUAGAAUUUUUACAUCAUUCUCAGACAAGAUCAGUAAAAAGGCUGAAGGCGAGACAUUUAAAUGCCUCCAUAGAAACAAAGGUUUUAAUAGAGCACCUAAACUUCACAAACAUAUGAAAGCUCAUUCGGAUGAAAGGACAAUGAAAAGCAAGGCUUGCAAAGAGUGUUUUAGCCAAGCAGGAAUCCUUUCCAAUCAUCACAAGAUGCAUGCGAGAGAAAAGCGUUUUAAGUGCAUGGUUUGUUUUAAGCACUUUGGCAAUGCAGGACACCUUCAAAAACAUCACAGGGUACAUACUGGAGAAAAGCCUUUUAAGUGCAAGAUUUGUGACAAGGGCUUCAGCGAAGCAGGACACCUUCGAGAACAUCACAGGGUACAUACGGGAGAAAAGCCUUUUAAGUGUAGGAUUUGUGACAAGAGCUUUAGCCAAGGAGGAACUCUUCGACAACAUCACAGGGUACAUACUGGAGAAAAGCCUUUUAAGUGCAAGAUUUGUGACAAGGGCUUUAGCCGCGCAGGAAACCUUCGACAACAUCACAGGGUACAUACCGCAGAAAGGCCUUUGAAAUGCAAGAUUUGUAACAAGUGCUUCGGCCGAGCUGGAACCCUUCGCCGUCACGGCAGGGUACAUACUGGAGAGAAGCCCUUUAAAUGCAAGGAUUGUAACAAGUCCUUUGGCCGAGCUGAAACCCUUCCCCUUCAUAACAAAGUGAAUCUGGGUGGAGAGUUUAGCUGCUGGAUUUGUCAGAAGUUAUUUCGCACUGAAGAAUCCCUGCAAAAGCAUUACGAUGAUCACAUGGAAAAAGCACUUCGUAAAGUAACUUAAGUUAAGCAGCGAAUUCUGUUUUAGAGACAAUGUUUGGUAUUCUCCUUCUAAAUAGGAGGCUCUAAACUGUUACAUUCAAUUCUUUUACGUCUUUUCUUUACAAUAACAUUUUCUAACAUUAGCUUUGCAGUUUGGAUCGGAGAACUUGGCUACUGGCAGUAAGCUCAAUGAUUUGUCUCUUCUCUCAGUUAGAGCACUCUGUUUCACAAGUCUGAAUGAAGCUGACU